AUGGAUAGUGAUAAGGUAUUCCAAUUGCAAUCUGCCUGCAUGGACAAUGAUUUGAAGAAAGUACAGGAAUUUUUAGAGCAAUCACCACAGGAUGUGACUAAGGUGGAUUUAGAUGGAAGAACUGGUUUACAUUGGGCUGUAUCGUUCCAAUAUGAACCCAUUGUGCGUUUGUUGCUUGACAACAUGAAGGGAAUUGAUAUAGAUCAGUUAAGUGAUAAUUCUGGUUGGACUCCCUUCCAUAUUGCUUGUUCUGUUGGGAACUUGAAUAUUGUAAAAAUGUUGUAUGAGAGAGAUGUUGCUCCAGAUUUGGGUUUACCUACAGCUCAAGGAGUCACCGCUUUACACUUAGCUGUUUCCAAGAAGCAUAACGACGUUGUGAAGUUUCUUUUGGAUAAUGGUGCCUCUGUUAGGGUGAAGGAUAAAAAAUUACAGUUACCUCUACAUAGAGCUGUUUCAGUUGGGUCAAUGGCUUUAGUUGAAUUGCUCUGUGAUAAGAAUAGUCCUGUGAAUGCAAAGGAUUUCCAAGGUUGGACUCCUCUACACCAUGCAUUGGCUGAAGGCCAUGCUGAUAUUGCUGUGUUGUUGGUUAAUAAAUAUAAUGCUGACUAUCAAAUUGAAGACCCUUCAGGUCUCAAACCUGUAGAUGUAGCUGCAAACGAGAACGUCAAGACAUAUUUUUUGGCAAAUAUCUAA